AGCACCAGAUUGGGCCUGGCCAGUGUCCCUUUGUGCAUCGUCAGUUCACCAAGCUGUGGCUCAGGAGCCAGUAUCCCUCUGCUAAUCGACAGUUCACCAAAGCACAAUGGCUCAAGGGCCAGUCUCAGGCAUGAAGAGGCGAACUGACUCUUUGUGAUUGGCUGCCAGGAAUGACAUCUCUCCGGACAAGUGUGCUCCCUAUUGCUCUGGCUGCCACUGGGAUGGACGGGGAUCUGCAUGCAGGAGCCCAGCGUGAGCCCCCAGUCCAGGGGAGCAGGCUGGUGCAGAAGGGGCAGAAGAUCCAGGAGAGGGGCCAGUGGGCAAACAAGUGGGAGUUCAUCUUGGCUGUAGCUGGAGCCAUCGUUGGUUUGGGCAACGUGUGGAGGUUCCCCUACCUGUGCUACAAAAAUGGAGGAGGUGCCUUCCUCAUCCCCUACGUCCUGUUCCUCUUUACCUGUGGAAUCCCCCUAUUCCUGCUGGAGACGGCUCUGGGGCAGUACACCAGCCAGGGGGGCAUCACCUGCUGGAGGAAGAUCUGCCCCCUGUUUGAGGGUAUGGGCUACACCAGUCAACUGAUCAUUGGAUAUGGAGCCAUCUCUUACAUAACGAUACUGGGCUGGGCUUUCUUCUACCUGAUAGCCUCAUUCAACUGGGAGCUGCCUUGGGCCAAUUGCAGAAACCCCUGGAACACAGCUACCUGUGUGGAAUUUGACAAGCAUCACCUCAAUUCCAACUUAAGUGUUCCAGGGAAUGCUACAUCACCUGUCAUGGAGUUUUGGCACAGGAGGGUGCUGGGCCUCUCCAGUGGGAUUGAUGAGGUGGGCAGUCUGAGAUGGGAACUGGCACUCUGUCUCCUGCUGGCCUGGAUCAUCUGCUAUUUCUGUGUCUGGAAGGGGGUGAGGUCUACAGGGAAGGCCUCUUACUUCACAGCCACUUUCCCCUAUGUGAUGCUGGUGGUGCUGCUGGCCCGAGGACUCACCCUGCCCGGAGCUGCUGAUGGGCUGGUCUUCUACCUCUACCCUAACCCAGCAAGGCUCGCUGACCCACAGGUGUGGAUGGAUGCAGGGACUCAGAUCUUCUAUUCCUAUGCCAUUUGUCUGGGCUAUCUCACUUCUCUUGGGAGCUACAACAAGUACAACAACAACUGCUACAGGGACUCCUUCUAUCUCUGCCUACUGAACAGCACUACCAGCUUUGUGGCUGGAUUUGCCAUCUUCUCUGUGUUGGGCUUCAUGGCGUACGAACAGGGAGUGGACAUCACACUGGUGGCUGAGUCAGGUCCUGGUCUGGCGUUCAUUGUGUACCCGCGUGCGGUGGCCAUGAUGCCUCUACCCCAGCUCUGGGCCGCUUGCUUCUUCCUCAUGAUCAUCCUCCUGGGUAUAGACAGCCAGUUUGUGGGUCUUGAGAGUUUAAUGACCUCAGUGAUGGACCUCUUCCCCAUGGUCCUUCGGAGAGGAUACCGCCGGGAGCUCCUCCUGCUGUUCCUGUGUGUGUGCUGCUUCCUGCUCGGACUCCUCAUGGUCACUGAGGGGGGCCUGUACCUCCUGCAGCUCUUCGAUCACUAUGUGUGCAGUGGCACCACCCUGCUGUUCCUCGCCUUCUGUCAGUCCAUGUGCAUUGGUUGGGUGUACGGUGCCGAUCGUUUCUAUGACAACAUCGAAGACAUGAUUGGCUAUCGGCCUUGGCCUGUGAUGAAGUACUGCUGGCUCUACAUCACCCCGGCCAUCUGCACAGGCACCUUCAUCUUCUCCCUGGUGAAGUAUACCCCUCUGAAGUUCAACAACACCUAUGUGUAUCCAGACUGGGCGUAUGUCCUGGGCUGGCUGCUGGCCCUCUCCUCCCUCUCACUGAUCCCCCUGUGGAUGGUCUAUAAACUCAGCCACACCAACGGGACCUUACGCCAGCGGCUGCGUCUGCUCAGUCUGCCCGCAAAUGACCUUCCACUGACCCGGAAGGAGAAGAAAGACAUUGGCCAUCUGAUGUCUGACCUCCGUCAGGACCUCUCCAGUGAGAGGUGUGUCAAUGUAGAAGUGAAGAGUGUUCCUUCAUAGCCAGCCAGUAACCUGUUAAUAAGGGUCGGUCUGAGGGCUUCACAGAAAAACAGGAAAUGUGUGAUCAAAAAGACAUAUUACAGGGUUCAUGGACAUCUCUUAGUCUAAUACUGAGCACGUCUCCUUAGUUUGCCUGGAUUGCCAAACAAUUCAAUAUGAUUCAAUUGUUUGCCUAAAAUAUACACUUGCAAAUUAAUAUAAAUAUAUUUAUUCAGUUUAUUUAGUUCAGGAAUGUCAAUUCAGAGGACAAAACACACCUACUCUUCCUGAAUGUUAAAGUACACAUAGCAUUUUAGUCACCAGUGGUUUCAUUAUCCUGGAUUUGUUAAACUGGAGAGAAAUACACACUUUUCUACUUCAUUAUAUUCCCACUUUUGAUUAACUUUCAUUUUGAGGCAAAACAUCUAUUUUUUAUAUCAAAUAAUUUUCUACAUUUAUGCCUAGAACAGGGGAACAAAUAUACCACAAAGGUUUUUCAAAGUUUGACAUUUAUGCUCCUGUGAAUAUAUUACGUAUUUUUGUGUUUUGCUAUGGAUUGUUUUAUAAUGGGAAAAAUUAUAGUUUUAUAUAGUUUAAUUAAAUGAGUAUAUUAAAAAAUAACCUAUUUA